GGCAUCCAAUCUGAAGCCUCCAUCCUCCUUCCCUCUCAACCUCCCCCGACCCCAGAUGAACUCCUUCCAUCCUGGGACCCUGGGAACACUUAGGCACAGGUGCCAGAACGAUCCUUACCCAGAAGUCCCUAUCCUGGCAAGAAUAAAGAAAUUUCAAUUAAUUCCACCAAACAGUGCCUACUGUGUUCCAGGCUCUAAACUAUGUGACAGGGGUAAGUGAGGCAAUAAAUAAACCAGGCCCCGUUCUCAAGGAAGCUCCUCACUAAGAGGGGAGGAAAAGCCACAUGAGCAUUUGAACAGACUGCGGUCAGCACCACAGUACUGGACAGCGGCAAAGAGAAGGCGGGCGGUUAGAAGGGAGGAGAUGAAGUCUAAGCGAUGUGGAGUGGUCCAGGAAGGCUUCCUGGAUGAGAAAGCAAUAACAAACGACUCGUUAUGCACCAACGACACCAAAUUGAUCUUGAAGUGGAGGGAGGGGGGAGUUUUAUGGGUGGAUCUAGGACGUAAGGCAGCAGGUACCUGGCAAAGGCAUGGACAAAAACAGGGCUGGAUGGACGACGAUGAUACAUUUUGGGAUGGUGAAUUAUACAGUGGAAGGGUGAAAGAGGCAGACAUAAACAGGGAAGCAGAACCCCCCCCCAAACAUCUGUGUUGUCCUAUACAAUUCCCAAAGCUCUUUCCUCCUUGCUAUCUCAAGCCAUCCUUGUCAGAUGCAGAAACCACAGCCCAGCGGGAAGCCCAAAGUCACUCACUGGAGAUAAUGCCCAGGACUUUUUGCUUCCACCUGCCCAGGGGGAGAUUUCUGGUUUCUUGGUUACCGUGGCCUGGGGUGGAGGCAAGGACAAUGGGAGGGGAGCACCUGCUGCCAGGUGCACCCCCACCACAGAGCACAGCCCAAUCCUGGCUGUGCUGUGUAAGCUCUUGGGCCUCGUUUUUUCCUCUGUAAAAUGGGUAUGAUAGACCCUGCGUCACUGAGUUAGUUGCAAGGAUGAAAGCAGAUAAUACUCCAGAGUACUGUGACUAGCCUGCAGAUGUCUUCAUCACUGUGAGGGCAUAUGACAUUGCUUCCUCUCCCUUCCCCCAAUCCCAGGCCUCAAAGAUGGCUGCUCCAGGACAGCUAGAUCUGGCCCAGAACUAGCCACGGCAGGACAGAUGAAGGGAAGCACUAAAGGACCUGGCUUCAGCCCAGGUGACAGUCUCUGCCUUAGGACCCCCUACUCACCAGGGUUUGAGGGUCUUCCAAUCCACCACCUGCCUCUGCCUCCUCAGGCCUUCCACAGAUCUCAGAGCCUAAGUCUGCAGCUCCUUCUCCACCCCUCUGCUCCCACACUGCCUCAGCUUCCCUUAAUCUACACUUCUCCCAAGAAACCCUGAUUCCCAGCUUAAGAGAUAUCCAGAAUCUCUGACUCCAUUUCUUCAACAUUGAUUAAGCCCCCACUCUGGGAGGUCCUAUGCCACGGGAUGAGGGCACAUGGUCAUCAGGACAGGUGGUCUCUGUCCUGGGAGAGCCAUGCAGACCAUGACAAGCAAUUCUAGGUUUUCUGAACGUUCAGAGAUGCCCUGAAAGUUCUGGGAGCAGAUAGAGUGUUCCUCCUCAUCUAGUCAGAGUGGAGUCCCUGAAGAGGUGAUGUUUCCACUGAAUCUUGAAGAGGGACUGGAUGAGCUAAGCAAAAGCAUCAGGGUGACGACAGACAGACAGGCAGAUGGGCAAGGAAGAGCUUCUAGGAAAAGAGUGGCAAAAUCAGGGCCCUGUGGGCAGAGCCAAGGCCCUGGUGGGGAAGGUGAGAAGCUUCAAAGGGUCCAGGGGUGGCAGCGGUAGGUGUGGCAGCGCUGUGAGGCUGCCUUGGGGGGGCUGGGGUUUACCAGAGGCCACAGCAGAGCCACAGAAGGUUUUCAAAGUGUUGGGGCAGGUUCGAUCUGCUAUGUGGAGAGUGGUCUAGUGUUUUCCAGGCAAUGGCAGGGCAGAGUGGGGCGCUGGGGGAAGGGCAUUUAGGAAGCCAUUGGUCGGGUGGUGGUGAAGAGGGCUCAGAGAAGACUCCAGGCAGAGAUCCUGGGAGGACUAUGGGACCCUCUCUGAGGUGGGCAAGGCUGGGGCAGGAGCAGCUUGGUGAUGGACCCAUGGAAAUUGGGUUUUGAGGAGCCGGUAGAGCUCUGGGGACAAAUGGUGAGGUAGGUGGUAUGUACAGGUGCUCAAGGAAAGGCAGGGAGUGGACGGGGAUUCUGUACAUCCUCUGCCAGGGUAGAAAGUGGUAACUGGGAAGGCAGGGAGACCCAGGGCUGUGCAGAGAUGUGAGCCUUCACGAAGCCUGCACUUCUCCAUAGGCUUGCUUAUUCUUCAGGGCCCCUGACAUCCCUCCUUAUACCACCCCACACUCUGAGCAGGAGGAGGACACCAGCCGUCUGGGUCCUUCUCCUUGACAAAGAGCAAUUGAGAACUUGCCCCAGUACCAUAGCUGGAGCAAGAGGAACAUGGGACAAAAAAGGGAGGGGGCUGUGUGGUAAAGAACCUGACCUCAAGAUUCUGCCUGCCACUGUGUGGCCUUGAAUCAGUCACUUUCCCUCUCUGGGCCUGGAGAACCUCAUCUGUAAAUGGUUGGGAGACUAGGUUCCACUUUUCCAGCCAUAAUCAAUGGUCUGGGAGAAUCUGGGGGGACCAACUUGGUCCUCCCAUACACCCGACGAGUGGGGAACCCUAGGGUGCCUGUGCCCUCCUCCUCACCCUGGACCUGGACCUGGGGGGUCCCCAGCUCCCAGGAGGGGGAGGGCUGGGGCGCGAAUGCAGCAUCCCUGAUCUCGGAGCUCUGCUAUUGGCCAGAGAUGAUCUCACCGCCUCCCAGCCUGCGCCCGCCUGAUUGGCGGUGCAGGGAUGCUGCGCUCCGCCGCCGGCGCGGCCGUCAUUCAGGCGGGCUACGGGCGUGUGUGUGAGCCUAGAGGAGCGCAGAGGUGACGCGCCCGGCGUUCCCCAGGGACUCGCGAGGCGAAAGCGCGGAGACCCCCGGUCAGGGUCUUAACCCUUUCCCACCAGCCCGAGCCCAGCAAGCCCUCUCUAGUUCUUCUAGUCAAGAAACCUCAAGCAAAGCCAUCCCCAGAAGAUGCUCCGCAGAGAGGCGGGGUCCGGGUUCUCCCUUCCACCCCCUUCCGUUUAACCCUCUCACCGCCACGGCAUCGUCCCACACUGCCCGGCCAGCGGGGCUAAGAGCCCCGCGCUCAGAGCUUGCCCCAGCUCACCUAGAGGGCAAGACGGUGGCAGGCACUCUGGCCCCAACCCCGGGCACCCGCAGCAUGCUCUCAGCUUCCUGCCCCUCACUCAGCUUUCUGACCCGGCCCAGCGCCCCCGGUACAAUGGGGAGCCAGGCUGCCCGGGUCAGCUGCAGGGACCAGAGCGCUCGCGGGGGGACUGACGGGACGCCAGGGAUCUCAUCUCCCGGUACCCAAUGCCCCAGCUCAGCUCCCUCCUGCGAAGCAGGCAGGACCAGAACGGCAGCCCCCGCAACCCCGAGUCCCGGGAGUGGCAGCUGGACCCUCACCCCGAGUAUCGUCAGGCGCCCAGAGCUUUUCAUUUGGGGAGAGGAUGUUGGUGAAUGUUCCUGGUCAACUGCAAUGGCUUGGAUUCAGUGCUUCCUCCUCCAGAAAGUCUUCCUUGAUCUCCCCCUCGCGCACUCCUUAGACAGUGAGAUCUGGCUCCUACCAAGGCUCAGAAAAGGAUUCUGCCCUUCAUGGAACAAGUUCCCAGCCCUCCAGUAUCCCCUACCCAGCCCUUCUUACCUUCACGUAGUCCCCGGCAGCGUCCGGCUCUCCAGCAGCUCUGGAAGGAGAGAAGAGAGGUUUGAAUCUGAACUUCACCUUCAGGGCCUCCACCCUGGCCCAGAAGAAAGGGUGAGGCUUUCCCAGGGAUCCUGGAGGAGAGGCAGUGGAGAGAAGCUGCCAUUCUGUUCCAUCCUGGCCCUCUACCCCACAGGCAGCUUUGCCCUCAGCAGAACCCUACUGUCUGUCACCCUCUACCUGUCCCCCAGUUUGUUACCUUAGGCCUUGGGGCCUGGUCAUAUGGCCUUGAAUGGAGACUUCCUUAACCUCUGCCUCUUGCUAGUUGGCUUUUCCCUUGUUUCUCCUCUCUGAGGUUGAGCUUCCUCAUAUGUGAAAUGGAUACAUGGUAACUGUCUUCCCAGAGGGGCCGUGAGGAUCCUAAGAGGGAAGGGUGCUAGGUUCCCUAGCCCAUGUGGUUCCUUUCUCUGCCCCAGCCCCCCCUGGAGACUCCUGUCCUGCCCCUUCCGGCGGGCUGAAGACUCUUUCCUGCCUUCAUUCUGACCUUCACUCACCCAGGCAGAGAAGCAACACUGCUCUGUGCCUCUCAGUCCUUAAGGCCCUGGACAGAGAGAGACCUGGGUCUGAAAGCCCCGUCUUGCUGGGGACACCCCAC